AUCUUGAAUUUUCCCAAGAAAAUCCUCCCGAUUUCCCUGUAAUGGGAAAGAUUUUCCGGGAAUAUUCCAAACCCAGCGCCUCCUCUUCCUCCUCAUCUUCUUCCCCGUCUCAGAGCACCACAUCAACCUCGAUUACCGAAACCGUCAAUGGAUCUCACCAAUUCAAAAUCACCGGCUAUUCUUUAUCGAAGGGUUUAGGGAUCGGCAAGUACAUAGCGUCCGAUACUUUUAUGGUGGGCGGCUACGCUUGGGCGAUCUAUUUCUAUCCUGAUGGGAAGAGCGUAGAGGACAAUGCGACGUACGUUUCGUUGUUUAUUGCGUUGGCGAGCGAGGGAACCGAUGUGAGGGCUCUGUUUGAGUUGACUUUGUUGGAUCAGAGCGGGAAGGAGCGCCACAAAGUGCAUAGCCAUUUUGGGAGGACGCUCGAGAGCGGGCCCUACACGCUCAAGUAUCGUGGGAGCAUGUGGGGCUACAAGCGUUUUUUCAAAAGAGUUCUUCUGGAACAAUCAGACUACCUCAAAGAUGAUUGUCUUUCAGUUCACUGUAGUGUUGGUGUUGUGAAGUCACACACAGAAGGGCCCAAGAUCUAUUCCAUAGCUGUACCACCUUCUAACAUUGGUCAGCAUUUGGGGAAACUACUGGAAAGUGGAAAGAGAACUGAUGUAAAUUUUGAAGUUGAUGGUGAAGUAUUCGCUGCUCACAAAUUGGUGCUUGCCGCUCGUUCACCUGUAUUCAGGGCACAACUCUUUGGUCCGAUGAAGGAUCAGAAUACUCAGCGUAUAAAAGUUGAGGACAUGGAGGCCCCGGUUUUUAAGGCUUUGCUGCAUUUCAUAUACUGGGACACUGUACCUGACAUGGAAGAGAUUACUGGUAUGAACUCAAAGUGGGCUUCAACUUUGAUGUCUCAGCAUCUGCUUGCAGCGGCAGAUAGGUAUGGUUUAGACAGGCUCAGAUUGCUUUGUGAGACCAAUCUUUGUGAGGACGUUGCCAUUAACACUGUGGCAACCACAUUAGCUUUGGCAGAGCAUCACCAUUGUUUCCAGCUGAAGGCUGUUUGUCUCAAAUUUGUUGCCAUGCCUGAAAAUUUGAGAGCUGUGAUGCAAACUGAUGGUUUCGAGUACUUGAAGGAAAGUUGCCCCUCUGUUUUGACAGAACUGUUGGAGUACGUCGCCAGAGUAAGUGAGCACUCUGUAGUAGUAUGCAGGCAAUUUAAUGAAGCUAUCCUUGAUGGGAGUGACGUCAAUGGGAGGCGGGUUAAGCAAAGGCUAUAGGGAAAGCAGCUUUUCAUACAUCUCUUGUAGCCCCCACCAAAAAAAAAGAGAGAAUGAAAGCCUUCUCAUAUGUAGGAUUAGAAACAAUUUUUCUAAGGUCAGCUUCUGUAAUUCUGUAUUUGUAAUUGUUGUAAAUUUAGUUCAUUUGGUGUCCUAUGAUUUGCUUGUUUUAUGGAAUUUGCUUUUGUAGUUUCUCCUAAUCUUGCGUUUCUUGAAUUACCAGUGUGCAUUCUUUGAAUUUCAGUUCAAACGGCAGCUCGCAAUUUCGAACCAAAUGCCUAUUCUUUUAUCUUGUAUAACAUAAUUUCACAAGUUAAAUAUUACAUUCGUUUUUUUUUUUUUUU